AACUAUUUUGAACUUUGUGGGAGAACUGAAGAGAAGUGGACCUUGCUCAGUUGUUCAUCGGCGUAGGCUUAACCAGAAGCAAAGAAGAGCGAGGGGCUUCAAACCUGUAAAAACCACAAUGGCAGAUCCUUACUAUAGAUACGGAUACGGUGCUCUCGCAGAUACAGAUGUCUUGGUUGUUACAGGUAUGCCUAAUUUUCCUGGCUACUUCUCAUCCGAAGUACCAUCUUUGGCAUCCCGUCAUAUUCCAUGCUCUAAUGAGUUGCGAGAUGGUGCUGUAGAUUUUCCACAUAGGGAGGUAAAUCCAUCACAGCCUGGGUCAUAUGGCUUGGACAAUGUUUUGGGUAUUGGGGUUCAUUCUGAACCUGUUAUUGGUGGAGCAAUAGCAGGAGCCAGCGGAAAGGGCUACCCAUCUCCUCUAGAGGAUCCAAACUUACCAAGCCAAAGACGGGAUGCAUCAGUUAAUAUCACUUCAGCCAUUCCUGACAAGACCAAUGACAGGCCCAGUUCCUUGAGAAAUGUUGAUGGUCCUUUAGCCCCAAGGGCGGAGUCAAACAUUCUGUUUGUUGAUGGGCUCCCUACCAAUAGCACUAGAAGAGAAGUAGGACAUCUUUUCCGUCCAUUUAUUGGCUACAAAGACAUCAAAGUUAUUCACAAGGAGCCCAGAUGUAGUGGAGAUAGGGCUACUGUCUUGUGCUUUGUGGAGUUCAUUGAUGCAAAGUGUGCUGUCACUGCUAUGGAAGCUCUUCAAGGGUACAAGUUUGACGAUAAAAAACCUGACUCCCCUGUCUUGAGGAUCCACUUUGCAAACUUCCCUUUUCGUCUUCCAGCUGAACGGGAUGGAUAAUCACUGCACCCGAUGUUAAUCACUGAGUUUGUUAGUGUAGUGAGAGUACAAUUGGUUGCCUUGUAUUUGAUAUGAUGCAAAAAGAUGUAGGUCUUCCAUAUCUGAAUUACAAAGAUAGGCUGCUACUGCUGUAUAUGCAAUUUCUAUGUGAUUAGUACAGCAUCCAGGGAAAAGCUUGUUUCUGUGGGCGCCUACACUCUUCUUUGUAGUAUUUGAAGGUCCAAUUUGUGAUGAAAUGGACCUUAACCUUUGCCAUGUUACUUAAAUUAAUUUUGAUGAAUUAAUUUUUGAGGUAUAGUCGAUGUUCCCAGUUGCCA